AUGGGCGUCCCCAAGUUUUACCGGUGGAUCUCGGAGCGGUACCCCUGCCUCAGCGAGGUGGUCAAGGACCAUCAGAUUCCAGAAUUUGACAACUUGUACCUGGAUAUGAAUGGAAUCAUCCACCAGUGCUCCCACCCUAAUGAUGAUGAUGUUCACUUCCGAAUUUCCGAUGACAAGAUCUUCAGUGACAUCUUCCACUACCUAGAGGUGCUCUUUCGCAUCAUCAAGCCCAGAAAAGUAUUCUUUAUGGCAGUCGAUGGGGUGGCUCCAAGAGCGAAAAUGAACCAGCAACGUGGACGUCGUUUUAGGUCAGCAAAAGAGGCAGAAGACAAAAUCAAAAAGGCUAUAGAAAAGGGAGAGACCCUCCCCACAGAAGCCAGGUUUGAUUCCAACUGUAUUACACCAGGGACUGAAUUUAUGGCCAGGUUACAUGAACAUCUGAAGUAUUUUGUAAAUAUGAAGAUUUCUACAGACAAGUCAUGGCAAGGAGUUGCCAUCUACUUAUCAGGCCAUGAGACUCCAGGAGAAGGAGAGCACAAAAUCAUGGAAUUUAUCAGAUCUGAGAAAGCAAAGAAAGACCAUGAUCCAAACACCAGGCACUGCCUUUAUGGUUUAGAUGCUGACUUGAUAAUGCUUGGAUUAACCAGUCAUGAAUCACAUUUCUCUCUUUUAAGAGAAGAGGUUCGAUUUAGUGGGAAAAAAACACAAAGAGUUUGUGCACCAGAAGAAACCACAUUUCACCUCCUGCACUUGUCUUUAAUGAGAGAAUAUAUUGACUAUGAAUUUUCAGUAUUAAAAAGCAAGAUUUCUUUUAAGUAUGACAUUGAAAGGAUAAUUGAUGAUUGGAUUUUAAUGGGGUUUCUGGUCGGCAAUGAUUUUAUCCCUCAUCUACCUCAUUUGCACAUUAAUCAUGAUGCACUGCCUCUUCUUUAUAGAACGUAUAUGACCACCUUGCCAGAACUUGGAGGUUACAUUAAUGAAAAUGGGCAUCUUAAUUUACCACGUUUUGAGAAAUACCUUGUGAAACUGUCAGAUUUUGACCGUGAACACUUCAAUGAAGUCUUUGUUGACCUAAAAUGGUUCGAAAGCAAGGUCGGGAAUAAAUACCUCAAUGAAGCAGCAGGUAUUGCAGCAGAAGAAGCUAAGAACUACAAGCAAAAGAAAUUAAAGGGUCAGGAAAACUCCAUGUGUUUGGCUGCUUUAAACAAAACGGAGGGUGAAGCGACAACUUCUAAAAAUGUCUUGGAAGAUGAGCCAGAAGAUGAUGACCUGUUUGAAACAGAGUUUAGACAAUACAAGAGAACGUAUUAUAUGACAAAGAUGGGCGUAGAAGUAGUUUCAGAUGAAUUUCUGGCUGACCAGGCUGAGUGUUACAUCCAGGCAAUACAGUGGAUUUUGCACUAUUACUACCAUGGAGUCCAGUCCUGGAGUUGGUUUUAUCCUUAUCAUUAUGCACCUUAUCUGUCAGACAUUCAUAACAUUAAGGAAUUCAAAAUCCAGUUUGAAUUAGGAAAACCUUUCAUGCCCUUUGAACAACUUCUUGCUGUCCUCCCAGCAGCCAGCAAAGAUUUGCUCCCUGUGUGUUACCAGCACCUGAUGACAAGUGAAGACUCGCCAAUCAUAGAGUAUUAUCCGACUGAUUUUAAAACCGACCUGAAUGGGAAGCAACAGGAAUGGGAAGCGGUAGUAUUGAUCCCCUUCAUUGAUGAGAACCGAUUACUGCAAGCCAUGGAGCCUUGUAACAAGAACCUGAAAAAAGAAGAAGAGAAUAGAAAUAGGCACAGUGAGUGUCUGAUGUGCUCUUACGACAAAGAGUUAGAGUUCAAAUACCUCUCACCAUGGCCCGAAAAGUUCCCUGCCAUAGAAAGAUGUCACACAAGGUAUAAACUAAUAUCUCUAGAUGCUUGGCAUGUAGAUAUUAGCCACAACAACAUAACUAAAGUUGACCAGAAGGCAUUAUAUUUCUGCGGUUUUCCCACUCUGAAGCACAUCAAACAUAAGUUUUAUUUGAAGAAGGCUGGGGUUCAAGUAUUCCAGCAGAGCAGCCGGGGAGAAAACAUGCUGUUGGAAAUCCAUGUGAAUGAGCAACCAAGUGAACUUAAAAUAGAGAAUGUAGCCGCAUCAGUGCUUGGCAAGUCUGUUUUUGUUAACUGGCCCCACCUUGAAGAAGCCAGAGUCGUAGCUGUAUCAGAUGGAGAAACUAAGUUUUCCUUAGAAGAGCCCCAAGGAACACAGAAGCUUUAUUUGGGGAAAACUGCUCCCCCAACCAAAGUGGUUCAUAUCGGUGAUAAGGGUCAGUCUAUUUGGAUAAAGGACAUCCAGGGAAUUUCAGAACACUAUCAGAGGAGAAAAGGAAUAAUAAUAAAUGAAACUUCUGUAGUUGUGUAUGCUCAGUUGCUAACUGGUCGGAAAUAUCAAUUAAGUCAAAAUGGUGAAGUUCAUCUGGAGAAACAAUGGUCAAAGCAAGUUCUUCCCUUCGUUUAUCAAACUAUUGUUAAGGAUAUCAGUGCGUUUGAUUCUCGUUGCUCCAAAAUCAAAACCUUGGAUGACCUGUUUCCCCUUAGAAGCACUGUCUUCAUGUUGGGUUCUUCCUACUAUGGCUGCUCAGGAGAAGUUCAGGAUUCAGGCGAUGUGAUCUCAGAAGGAAGGAUUCGGGUGGUUUUCAACAUUCCGUGGGAGCCCCAUCUUGAUGCCUUAAUUCAGAACCAGCAUAAAUAUUCUAUAAAGUACAAUCCUGGAUACGUUUUGGCCAGUCGUCUUGGAGUGAGUGGAUACCUUGUUUCAAGGUUUACGGGAAGUAUUUUUAUUGGAAGAGGAUCUAGGAGAAACCCUCAUGGAGAUCACAAAGCAAAUGUGGGCUUGAACCUGAAAUUCAAUAAAAAGAAUGAAGAGGUCCCCGGCUACACAAAGAAGGUUGGAAACGAAUGGACAUAUUCCUCUGCAGUAGAACAGCUUCUUGCUGAGUAUUUUGAGAGGGUCCCAGAACUAUUUAGUUUUGUAUCGAAAAAUGGCCAAGAAGAUGUGUUUUAUGAAGAUGACAUUUGGCCUGGGGAAGAUGAGAACGGUGCUGAGAAAGUUCAAGAAAUUGUUACCUGGCUAAAGACUCAUCCUGUGAGCACUUUGUCUCGUUCAUCUUGUGAUUUGCAAAUUCUGGAUGCAGCUAUUGUUGAGAAAAUAGAAGAAGAAGUAGAGAAGUGCAAGCAAAGAAAAACUAAUAAGAAGGUUCGCGUCACAGUGAAGCCUCAUUUACUAUACAGGCCGUUGGAACAGCAGCACGGAGUCAUUCCUGAUAGAGAUGCAGAAUUCCGUCUUUUUGACCGUGUCGUAAAUGUGAGAGAGAACUUUUCCGUUCCCGUUGGCCUCCGAGGCACCAUCAUAGGGAUUAAAGGAGCUAGUAGAGAAGCAGAUGUGCUCUUUGAAGUAUUAUUUGAUGAAGAAUUCCAUGGAGGUUUAACAAUAAGGUGCUCCCCUGCCAGAGGUUAUCGCCUGCCCACCAGUGCCUUAAUUAACCUUUCUCAUGGAAAUCGCUCUGAAACGGUAAAUCAGAAACUGACAGCCAUAGUGAAACCCCAGCCAGCUGUGAAUCCCUACAGUGCAUACUCAUCAGAUUCAUCCACAUAUCCUCAGAAGGCACAUCUAGGAGGUCUCAACCAUUCUCCUCGCUCCCUCUUCGUUCCUACUCGAAUACCUGGAAAAGAUGAUGAUGAAUUUUGCAGCAUCUGGCAGUCAUUACAGGGCUCAGGAAAGCCUCAGCAUUUUCAGCAAAAUUCACAAGAGAAGGGUGCCAUUCUACCUCAAGAAGUAAAGCGAGGCUCCACUGCUCCAUUUCACAAACCAGGCUUCAAUGACAGCAGCAUUAAGGGUCAGCAGAAGAAGCAUGACUCAUUUAAAAAAUACAAAGAAGACUGUAAAGUUGCAAAAAAUGAAGGUCACUCACAUAAGAUAUUGAAUAAGCAGACUUUUGGAGGAGCUCCUAAAUAUAACGUUAAACUGUUAAAACGGAACGAGAGCCCAGGUACUUCUGAAAUUCAAAAGGCUGUGUCUGAUGAUCCAAAAAUGCAUGGAAAGGCCGACACUGGACUUGAAAACUACCUCGGGUCCUUGAAAGUCUCGACGGGCGGCGAAGUGCAGUCGCCCCGCAGGGAAGAGCAAGCCCAGAGUGAGGAACACCUGUCUCCCCAGUCCUUCGCUAUGAAAGGAACACAGAUGCUGAAAGAAAUCCUGAAAAUCGAUGGCUCUGACACCGGAGAGAGCAGGAAUGAAGCGAAGCCGGGAGCCGGUGAACUUCCUUCUUCGGGCAGAAGGCAUUCACAUGGACCUCCCCAGCCCAAGCAAACCAAGAAGUUAGCCGCUCACAUGCCCAAGCCUCAUGGUUCCGGAGGCCAUCACCACCCUCCAGCUGUGGAUGCGUUGGGCCGCCCCGUCGUCAGCCAGCAGCAGGCUGCCAUGUCUACCCCUGUGGUCGAACUCUCUCGCCUCUGUUCCCGCAUGGGAAUGCCACAGCCCGACUUCUCCUUCCUCAGAACGUCUCAGACGAUGACCAUCUGCCAGGUCAAACUGCCCAACGGCUUGCUCAUCAACGGGCCGCAGUGUCAUUCGGAAAAUGAAGCCAAGGAGAGAGCAGCGUGCUUUGCUCUCCAGCAGUUGAACCCUUUAGGAGUGAAUUUUGCCUUUCCUCCGCCGAUGUUUCCAACUUACCCACCUGCUGUACCGCAUGGAACCAUUCCUCCAGUCUUUCCCCAAACUCACGGCUGGGACCACUAUGGAAGCAACAUAGCCUUUGGGGCAGCUAACCUUCUGCCGCCCUCGCCGCACAUCUUCAGUUCGGUGCCGUGGGGAGCUCCGGGGCCAGUUCCUGGAAAAGCGUAUCACCGGGCAGCCUAUCCCGGGAGCGGGUCACUCGCAGGAGCCGGGCCCGUGGGCCCGCAUAAUCAGUUCAUCCCUCUGCAGGUGACAAAGCAAAGGGCGGCCAAUCGGAAGAACUGGGAGAGCAGGGAGGCCCCCAGCCCUUCUCAGCCCGCCCCGACCAAAGCCGAGCGGCCCGGCCCUCCUGACGCCGCCGGUAAAUCCACACCCCAGGACCGGCCUUCAACUUCGUCCUUAAAGUCGCCCCCAAAUCCUUCCCCGGCCGCUUCCUUUCCGGACAAGGUAGCCCCUCCCAGCUCGGGACGGGGCCGGGAUAAAGCGACCCCAACCUCUUCUUCCAGGAGAAAACCCAGGAAAUUAGCUGUCAACUUCGGAGUCCCCAAACCCUGCGAAUGAACACGGACCCCUGCCCGUUCCUUCCCCACCCCGAGCUUUCUAUCGACAACGUCGCCAGGGUUAACCCUGGGCCGAGACCUCGCUCAGGCUGUGGCUGAAUUAAACCGAUAAAUCCAAAAAACCGUGUGGUAAAAUAACUCUGAGGACCCGAACCUAAACGCAAGGAGACGGCCAGGUUCGUCUCGUCCCCGGAUGUCAGACCCGUGCAGGGGAUCUUUGGACUUAGUCGCCUCGGUUCUAGAUCCUCGUACGUCUCUGAGGCAGAUUAUGGGAGAGGAUUUAAACAGUCUCAAUUUAUUGUUACCGUUCUUCAAAUUUUAUCUCUUUUUAAAUAAUGUACCAAGUUAUGGGAGUAGAAAUAAUUGCUUUAAUUUAUUUGAAUUUUAGGGUACAUUAUAAAUAGAACAUGAUUAUCGUGCCGUUGCCCGUUUUGUAUACAGUUUGGUUUCUAGCCAGGUUUUUGACCAAAGCAACUUACCAGGUCUCAGACUAUCGAUCUCGCUUUUGGCCUAGAACUAUAUUAGGUGGUUAUUUUUCGGCAAGGAUUGAAAUAGGCUCUUGCCGAAGAACUGUCAUUAGUGAUCAUUAAUAAGAUGGUCAAAGGGAAAUAGCUACAGGGUACAGUGACUGCCCAUUCACCUUCCCAGGGAUUCUCGUGCGAAGGUCGAUCGCCUGGGCUGACUCUGGUUAUCUCCCUUGCGUUCCCAACUCCCGAAUUUACAAGGAAGCACCAAGCCCACUGUAUCACAGUCCUUGGUUCACCUCUGGCCCUGGAGAGUGAUUUUUUAAUUUUUAUCUGUUUUACAUUAUGGUUAUUUAGACAUUUUUUAUGCAUAUUAGAAAGGAGUAUCUGUCUGGGUGCCACCCCUUGAAAAAAAUCAAAUUACCUUUUUUGAAAAAAAAAAAACCAUACAAAAAAACCAGCAUGACCCAAGUAAAGUUUCCAUCAGGGUCACUUUCUUUCCUGGCUCCUCACCACAGGUAUGAUUGCAAGAGGGCACAGACCUAAGGCUGGCAUGAUUUGAGCCUCUUUCCCUUCUAGUUCUUCAUUGUUAACUUGGAGCUCUUCUGCUGUGUGACUACAAAGCUCAGGUUCCUGUUCAGUGGGCAUGGCGUCAAUCCCUAAGCAACCUUUUGGUGCCCACUGAGCAGGGAGGUGGGUCCGAUCGCGCGUGUGUUUGUGUGUGCACACUCCCGCUGUGGCCUUCACAAAUUCCCUCCCUCCCCAUUCUCUGACCCUGUGGGUCACUUAGCUUCCAGUUGUUGGGCCACUGAUUCUUUGACUAUAAAAAUCCAGACUUCCACUUUGGAAUCCAAGAAUUAGGUCUGUCAGAAGCAGCGGUAUCCAGCACCCCCUGUUUCCAAGUGGAUAAGUCUUCAUUCCAGAUAGACGGCAAUUGGCACUCGCAUCGAUCCAGGCUCCAGAGCACAGAAGACCAGACAGUUGCCAUUUAGGCUCGGGUGGAGGAUUUGGGGCUGUGAGGGUGCCCUUCCAAUACCCCAGCACUCACGAAGGAAAGGCUACUACAAGGAAUGUUAGUUUUAACUUAAAGCUUUUCAGUCUAACCAAAGGAUUUCCUGCUAAAGCCUUGGAAGUGUUAGGCUCUGUGUGGCCGGUGCCCUGGGCCUGCAUCCCUAACUUCUAUGCCAGUCCAAUCCCGCCCCGUCGAGCCUCCGCGAUGACUGGGAAUAGGAAGCCGCUAGGGCCUGCAGUCAGGAUGCAGCCCGGUUCAACCUGGGCGAGGGGAGCAGGCGAAAGAGGGGCCACAUCCCGGACAGACCCGCUCCAGGGGUUGGGGAUCCUUAAGCCCUUCAUCUUUGUCUGGUCCAAGGCAGACUGGGUCAAGCCUGGAAUGCUCUUCUGGUCUCCAAGGAGGGCAGCAGAAAAAUCGCUUUGCCGGGGGUCACUCUCUUCUCCAUAUCAGCUGCCCGGCGGAGGGGGAGAAGUGCUCAGCCCAAAGAGUUUCUUGGGCUCCUCCUCUAGGACUCGUUGAGGCCGUUCAACACUGCGGUUCCUCACCCGCCUCCAGAUGCAAACGGACCCAUCCCCUGGGCCGCCGUGAGCGUGGCUGCAAGUCGAAGCCUCCGAACUCGAGUCCACCUCCCGGAACCUGCCAGCUGUCCUGGCUCUCGGCAAGUCGGCCCUCUGCGGAUGGGCUGUUUUUGCCGGGCCAGGCUCUGCAAAGACUGGAGUCGUAAUCCUCCCGGAACAAAUUCCGCACUGCCUAUCCCAUCCCCCGGUGAAUCUUUGUUCCAAUGUAUGGACGAGAUUGUGACCAGUUGGGACUGGAAAUCCAAUUUUCCCUUGGGAAGAAAUGACUCUUUCAACCAUUUUAUGGUAGUUCUCUUGGGAGCAGGUGUUGGUUUCUUUGGCCCUAGUACCCUGGUACUUCCUAAUGGAGCUAGCCUGCUUCUCCCAAUUAAACAGAAUCCUUUCCAAGCAAAGGUAAUGUAUUUCUAGGCCCUUGGUCUGGAGCCACACUUCGAGCCAGUUCCAAAUGCCUUCCCGCAAAGCAGAGCUCCUUGCCUGCUUUGUCAUCUGCUUCUGCUUUGGGAAUAAAGCGUAGCCCUGUCCCAUCUCCUGGUCAGUGCUUGGAUGGCGGGUGCACAGCUUUCUCCCUGGGGUCCGCGUUUUCUUGAACUUAUCUUUUCCAAGGGCGACAUUCAUUUCGUAAAGAACCCAACUUUGGUUUGCUUGGGGUGGAGUCUGUUUUUCCCACGUUACCCAGUUACUUGCCAGCGAGCCUCUGGAAGAAGACUUUUGAGAAUCAGCUCCUUGAAGAAAAGAGAAGGUUUGAAAACUUGUUGAACUGAAAGAACAUGCUUCCGCUGCAUCUUUGGCUUUCAGGCCAAAUCGAAGGACCUCCAGCUGUUGAAGCUUGCCUGUGCAUUGGGUGAGAUAGAUUGGGGGGAACGCGGGUGAGGGGAGUUACCUGCUUGACGGAGAAGGUCCUAAAUUCCAGAGGUGGGUCCACGCUUUUCUGUGGGAUCACCUAAAACCCCAAUAUUUGGGGCCGGGUGGGAUGAGGCUAUGGAGUGUACUCUGGGAGUAGGUGGCCCCUUUUGCGUGCCCUCUGAGACGUUUGAGCUCUUGUCCCCUUCGCAGGGGGAGCAGGGCGUGGGAGAAAUUCAGCUUCCGGGUGACUCGUGGGAUCAAUACUAUCCCAGAGUAAUCCACGACUGGCCACCAUUUAGGGCCCGUGGGCUGUUGGGUUUGGAGGCCCAGAUCCAUCGGGUGUGGGGCUAAGAAGUUAAGUACGCUGAAAAUAUUCCAUUUCACUCAAUGAUGCCUUGCGCUAGGAGCGCAUACAUGUCAUUAAAGUGCAAUUCAUGGAGGAGACUCCAGCUCCUCAGAGACCACUGCUGUGGUUUGGCUUUGUUUUGAAAUCUCCAUUAAUAGGUAACUUUUUUAAAUCCGCGUGUUUGUUUUUUCCAGUGCUGUAUCCAUCGCCAGCAAUCAUGCCUGCAAUUCAGUGUCAUGGGCCGGGAUUCGGUCUAUCUGAGGCCAGCGUGUCCGUGCCCACCUUCCGUCUCCCCAAAAGAAAAAUCUCCUUCCUAGGGAGCCUCUGCCCCAGUUUUUACUUCGCAACUGCCUAGAGAGCUGUUGGCUCUUCCCUCCCAACUGCCCACUUUACCCUACCUGGAACCGGGAUUUGGUUUAUCUCCCUCAUCGGACCCGAAGGGGACAGGUUGCAUCACCCCUCCGGAGAGUCUCCUCUUGUUUUGAUUUUAGUUCAUCCCAGCACAACUGAGUGUUUGGUUUGUCAUAGAUAGAAAUAUUUUAUAAGUACUGGAAUUUUUCAUUAGAUCUUAUACAGACAGAGCAGUAUUUUAUUAAAAAUCCAAAAGGGAAGACUUUUAUGUGCUCAUUUUUGUAGUUCUGAUUUUUUUUUUAAAUGCGUUUUCAUCGUCCCCCCGCCGAGUAAAAUGUUUUAAAUCUGCAUCUGAUUGGAUUCCGAACGUAUUUUUGUGUUUCCUGUCGAAUUGUGCAUUUAUGAAUUUUUAGCAUGUAGUUUGCCUAAAGGACUGUGCAAAAAGUAUUUUGAAAUAUGACUCCUGAGACACUGAAAAAAAAAUAAAGCAACCAAAAGAUGAAAA